AGUUUCAGCGACUUCCUUCCGAUUGUUUCCCUUUCGUGACGUCUACUAUCCGUUUUGCUGCAAAGUUUAAAUCGAAGUUUGUGUAACUUCCUGCCGAGCCAUAGAUCGACUACUGUAUUUGUACUUUGCCAUCGCAGAAAGAGGUACGAUGAUGAUGAUUUACUUGAUAGAACUUGCUUUCUUUACUGAAAUUAGUUUUGUUUACAUGGCAACCCUAGUUCGACUCUCGAUUACGUAAUCAUUUUAAGGUUUAUAUCAUGUUAUAUUGCCCAUUUACUGUCUUUCUGUAAGUUAAUCUAGAUCAUGUUUGUUACUCUCUUUGUAAGAAGUGAUCACCUUCUUAAAAGAACCUAAAAUAGGACGCCCAGCAGAAAAUGAUGCACAACGGUCUAAGCAAUAGAAAACUUUUUCCUUCUUUGCAUAUUUUAAAAUAAACACGGAAAGGUGGUUAGCCAUAUUCGAGACCUUGACAGUUGUCAAACUGAAACCAGAGACGAAGUGGAGGGUUUGCGAACUUUCAAUAAUUUCACCAACUCUUCAAGUGUUUAUAUUAGGCUAAACAAGCACAGAAAAAAAGUUUUUUAUUGCUUUAAUUUAUUAUAUGACUUUAAUCAAACUAAACCUGACACGGUAUUACGGCUUUUUGAUGACCUUUCCCGCUAUUGACAGAGGCUUCAUGCAGCAGAGGCCGUCUGUUUCCAGCUAUUUGGCCGGCGGGAGGAGAAAAGAGGAGGCAUCUUUUCCGCUCACAGCGCACAGGCCGAUACUUGAAGUGCAGUUUCUUUCACAGUGUGGGGCCAAAUUUCUCUCACUGAAGACCUUCAUUUUAGUAAAACAGUAAUGGUUUCUUAAAUUCGAUUUUAGUUCUGUAUUGUGAUUCUACUGUCUUUUUUUCUGCAAAAAGCAUGCAUAGGUUUUUUUUUCACGGGCGCCGAUGAAAAGAGAAAUUCUUACUAGUAGCCAAGUGUUGCCCACAAACGCGUAAUCAGUUCUUGGCUACUGGUCAUGCAUAAAGAUGCCUUUCAAAGUUCCUUCCUUUUUCCCUUUUUAAAAAUAAUAACUUUAGUGAAAUAACUUUUAGAUAUCAUCGUAUAUGUAAAAAUUUCUUCUCAAGUUUCAAACGUAGAAGAAAUGGCUUUUUUUGGAAUUGAUUUGUCUCGAAACGCAGGAAGGCCAAACUCUUACGAUUUCGCUUUUUAACAUAAUCUGACUAUGUGUCUUGUUGUCGAUAAAUUUAAUACAACAGUAAAACAGGCUGAGCCCGGUCACGAUAACUAUUGUAAAAAAUACUCUCUAAUUAACGUCGAUCUUUCAACGCAGGGGACUUAAUCCAACGACUUAAUCCCCAACGACGACUUCAAAAAAACAAUGGUGUAAUGAUCAAAACAACAGCUCUUCACGUGCGUCACUCAUUUUAGUACAUUUCUGUGACGUCCACUGCACGACUACGACGUGAAACCUCCUAAUUUGACGUUUUAUGGAGGACGUGGAAAUACGACUUCCUUCCUCUGGAAACUGAUUAAAAUCCUUAAGAAUUCAUCUUAAGGAAAAGUCGCCUGCAUUUUGACAUAUUGAGCCAGUCCAAAGACACGAUUAAGUUUGAAAGAGCGCAAAUUCAUUUUUUUUAACCGAAGUUUUCACUGUCGUCGUCGUCGUCGUCCAUUGCUUGAGGUCCCCUAUGGCAAAGGAACGACGAGGAACGGGAUUUUCAGAUUUGGCCGCACGAAAAAGGGACCCGCUGUUUUCUUCUCUCUUUUUUCGCGCGGUCUUUGACUCUCGUUCCUCGUUCUUUGCUCCGAAACCGCGCGUAAACGCUUGCCAGGCAGGCUAAAUCCAACAGGGCUGCACUGCAAACUUAAACAUACUACUGGCGACAGACGCAUUUUUUUGCAAAGAGUGUUAAAGUAAACAAGUUGAGACAAGAAUAAUUAAAUUGUUAAUUGCGUUUAAACUUUAUGUAAAAACAGGAGAGUCAUUGUUGGUGAAAAAAACCCUCAAAGAAUUCAGCUUUGUGGUGAGGCUAUAUCAAGUAAGGGGAACUGUGGCUGUGAACGAUAGACCAAAUGAUUUCCUCCGUAAUAGAGAACAAUUAAACAUUCUAUAAUAUAAUUAAGGUCACCUAUGAAUUGUUUCUAAGGAAACUAAGCUAUGUCUACCUCAGUUUUGUGUUGUGUGGUGUUAAUAGCCUGCGAGCAAGCCCUCAUGCAGCCCUUGGGACGAGGUUGGCGCCAGCGGGGACUCAACAGCGAGGGAGAAGGAGGGGGGGAACGAAAGAUGAAACUCCUUUUCACCGCCUCCUGUUCACCCCCGCUCGCUCGCUCGCGCGUCCUCGCGCGGCUCGCUUCGCUUGUCCAAAUGGAGAGCUUUCUCGCAGGCUCUGGUGUUAAACCUAUGCUAAACACUGAGCUAAACUAGGAGAAACGGAUUUAACACUAAAAAAGAAGUUAAAAGUCAUCUUUCAUUUGUGUUUAAGCCUUCUUUUUGUUAUAAAGCUCCUACUAAAAAUGGUCUCUGUCCUCAAUAUCUAGCAGAUCUUUUGCGCCUUCACAAUCGAUGAGGACUAUAAACACCUUUCGCUUAAACUCUCAAUACCUACAGAUGCAAACAAAGUAGGGAAUAAAAUACAGUUAAAAAGGAAACAAAAACGUACAGCUUGUUUCGAAACAUUGUUGCCAAACGAAUCGCGAGUCGAAAAACAAUGUGGCGCGUUUAACCUUCCACGUUCAAACUUGUUUUCCAACAAAUCAGGUUGCUAGCAUCGCUGCUUCUAAGGCGCGCGGCUCGUUAUGGCGCUGGAUAAUGAACCCGCCGCGCUGACACACCAUUGCGUGAUCCACGCUAAAUUGAACACCGCAUACGCAGAUCAUGGGAGUGUCCGUUAUUUCCCAGUCGUACCGUAACUUGAUUGCAAAUAAUAAUAAUAAUAAUAAUAAUAAUAAUAAUAAUAAUAAUAAUAAUAAUAAUAAUAAUAAUAAUAAUAUGAUUAUUAUUAUCAUAAUUAUAAAAAUAAUAAUUAUUAUUAAUAUCACUAGUGUUAUUAAAUUCUAAGGCCGCUCUCGGUCUGAAGAUCCAUUCCAAAGUUGUAAAUCAAGGAAUUUUGUAAAAUGAUUUUUUUUAAAAUUUGGUGUUGUUCACUGGUUGGUUGGUUAGUUUCGUCAUUGACGCAAGACUAUAAUAACAAGAAUGCAAAUAGAUUUGACUAACUUUUAAAAACAAAACACGAACACCAAUCAAUUAGUUUUGACAGGAACCUUGCAUUUAAGAGUCCCCUGGGACCUCUUGGGGAUGAUAUUGUUCUUGUUAAUAUGUAAUGCUUCUAAACAUGUGCUUAACUGCGAACCUUGCCUUCGAAGCGCCCUAUGAAUCUGUACAUUGAUGUGCAAGCUGUAGUAAUCUGAAGUGAGCUUUAAGUUGAUGUUAAGACCAGUUAAUUGGGGUAGUCAUUUUUUAUUUUUACGCAGCGGGUGAUUACCCUCCAUAACGUAUUGAUCUGUUGUUGUACUAAACUGACUUCAUUAGAUAUAGUUAUAUUUGUAUCAUUAAUAUAAAUAUAGUGUCGAGAGCAUAUGUCUAUAAAAAGUCACAGUUGAGCCAUUUAUAGAAAGAACAAUUUCAUUUGCCAAUAUUAAUCACAGAUCAUUGUUUAUGCUUAGGUCUUGACUGGAAAUUCUGAUCGAAACUCAACAGCAUUUUGAAGUUUUUCGACAACAGUGGUAAGUAUUAGCAUGCUUGCUUUUAAAAGUACAUUUCCAAAGGGAUUUUAAGAAGGGUGAGCGAAAUACAUUACUCGGGAAUGAGAGCAAGCGGAAACUGCAACCUAUCAGGACCGAGACACAUUAGCUAGAUUCGCAGGCUAGAGACACACUGAAGGAAGAGAAAAAUGAGGGAGAAAUGGUGUCUGAAAUACUGACGCGUAAUUAAAGAACGAAGACGAGUUCAUUUGCGGAACUUUGCGGCCCGACUUUGAUCGCUCUACUAUCCCGUAGGAGGAUGAGGUACCACAGACCUGCAUGGACACGACUUGUAGUUUAACCUAAGUAAACUUACCCUUGCAUUUAGCAAUCGUGUCACUUCAUGGCAGUUGUAGUACCGCGGUUAGGUUAAAACACACUUUAUUCACGACCGUUACACUCCGAACUCAGAACGCUAACCGACUCGAAUAAAUUACAACACACGCUAUCUAUAGUACAUGCAAAUUACGUAAUCCCCGUGUGUAUCACAUCACAUUCAUUCUCUCGCUUCUACGCGCUUGCAUUAGCAUCGUAUACACUACAUUCCCUUCUUUGAUCAAAUUUAGCAGGAAGGCAGUUUUAAAAGGCUGCAAAACCCUAAAUGUUCAGCAAAACAAAGUCUUUGAAUUAAACUAGACAAAACAGGAAAAGAAGUCCUAAACAUCCAGGACAAAGUCUUUAUAGCGCGCAGGCUGUCUUAUAGUUCGGGUCGACCUCCGCACAGGCCUUUCCGCUGCGUUAUCUUCCUUUUCGGUAGAAUGCCCAGCUUGUACUUGGGAAUUUUCAGAUACUCCUGUAGUCCCUGGAAUUCCGCUUGGCCCUGAUACCUCUGUCGUCUCCGGAACUCUGCUUGGCCCUGGCUCAUCUGUCUGUACUGUAGAACUUGCUUGUACCACUUGGUCUCCGUUGCCAUUGGAUACACCAUCGUUGUACUUCUUUACGAAUGCAGUGUUCCUUUUCAGUUGCACACCAGCUUCGUUCCUAAGCGUUACCUCUGUUCCUGUCCUCUGAACCACCUUAAAAGGAGCAGGGUUGAAGUUGGUAGACAGCUUGUUCGUUUUUUCGGCUUUCAAAAGUACUGUGUCACCAACACGUAUGCUCUUGGGCGUGGCACCUCUCUUGAGAUCUGCAUAAGCUUUGCCCUUUAAUUUACUUGACCAAUCCCGCUCUCGCACUUCUUCGCCUGGCACCCCGACCGUCUCUCUCCUUAACUCUGGCAAUUUGGACCUAACCUCGUGGCCAAACAUCAUGUAACAGGGGGUAGUCCCCGUCGACGUUUGCGGAGUGGAUCUGUACGCCAUCAACCAUACAAGCAAUUCAGUUCUCCAGUUCUUUCCUUCUAAAUGUGCAAUCUGUAGACAUUUAAGUAACGAGCGAUUUUGGCGUUCCACCUCUCCAUUAGCUUGAGGCCACAACGGCGUCGUUUUCCUGUGCUCAAUACCAUUUGCGCGUAAAUAUGCUUCAAAUUCUUCGGAUACGAACUGGGGCCCAUUAUCUGUCCUUAAAGAGAACGGAAAACCGAAUCUGGCAAACAUGGGUGCAAGUGCUUCGAUGACCUUGGCACUUGUAGUAGACUUCAGAAUAGCAACUUCUAAGAAACGACUGUAGUAAUCGAUCACCACCAAAAUACUCUCUCCUGUGGGUAGGGGUCCCAGCAGGUCUGCUCCACAAUCCUGCCAAGGAGCACUCGGAGGAAGAACGCGGGACAUCGGCUCAGGAGGGUUAAAUCCAGAAGUGACCUGGCAGCCAUGACAAACUUUACAAAAUUUCUCAACUUCCUUGUCCAUUCCCGGCCACCAAACUUUACUACGGAGCCGAUACUUCGUCUUCACUAUACCCUGGUGCCCUUCGUGUGCCAGCCGCACCACCCUGUCGCGCAGGAGCUUGGGAACCACAAUCCUUGUGCCGCGAAGCAAUAGCUCACCAUAGACGCAUAAUUCGUCCUUGACUUGUGCAUACGAGGGAAGUGUACACCGGUCCCAGUCCCCUGACCUCACGCAACUCUUUACUAUCGUCAAUUCUUCGUCAAAAUAGGAAGCUUCUUCAAUUUCUGUAGGUGAUAGAGCAACGGGUAUACAGCUUAUAGCAAUGGCUCUGACAAAGUCGUAGUCUUCUCCAUGGUCCACUUGAUCCAAGGAGUUCAAACGGGACAACGCGUCGGCUAUAUUUGUCUUCCCUGGGCGGUACACCACUUUAAAAUCGUACCCUUGUAGUCUUAAGACCCAUCUCUCUAUUCGGGCGCAAGGCUUUGAAGUGCGCGAGUAGACACGCUCUAAAGGCUUGUGAUCUGUUUCCAACUCGAAGCUCUGUCCGGAAACGUACAUGUUGAACCGUUCACACGCCCAAACCAAGGCAAGUGCCUCUUUCUCUGUUUGGCUGUAGCGUCGUUCCACGUCAGUUAGGCUCCUCGACGCGUAGGAGACAACUCUCCACAUUCCCCCCUGCUGCUGGGUGAGAACCGCUCCUAAUCCAACUGGAGAUGCAUCGGCAAUGAUUCGCGUUCUGCAGCCAACCUUAAAAUAAGCCAGUGUCUCUGCCUGGGUGAUUAGACGCUUCAGUUCCUCAAAGGCUGUUUGUUGCUCUUUACCCCAGUGAAACACGAUGCCCUUCCUGGUUAACUCUUGAAUAGGCUUGGCCACGGACGCCACGUCAGGCAUGAACUUAGCGGAAUAUUGGACAAGACCCAUAAACGAUCGCACUUCACUUGCGUCUUUGGGAGAUCUAGCAUCUCUUAUAGCAGCAAUCUUCUCUUCGGAUGGGUUUAUGCCGUCACUAGUCAGCUCGUGACCAAAGAACGUAAGCCUUGACAAUCUAAACUCGCACUUGUCUCCGUUCACCGUCAACCCCACUUCACUCAGCCUAUCUAACACCGCAAAAAGACGCUUGUCAUGUUCCUCCACGUCACACCCAUGAACAAUGAGAUCGUCCGCAAUGUUCGCAACCCCAGCACAACCCCUUAACACAUCUCUAAUGAUCUGCUGAUAUUUCUCCGGCGCCGACGUUACGCCAAACAUCAACCGCUUGUAACGAUAAAGCCCUCGAUGCGUGGCAAAGGUAGUGAUGUGGCGACUUUCCUCACUGAGUAAAAUCUGGUGAAAACCCCACUUGAGAUCUAUCUUGCUGAACACCGUACUGCCAUUCAAGUCGUGUAACAGCUCCUCAACGGUUGGAAUUGGGUGACGCUCUCGGACGAUUGCUUCAUUUGCACGACGCAUAUCAACACAGACUCUUACGUCGCCAUCGCUUUUGGGAACCACCACCAACGGCGAAAUCCAUCCUGACGGCCCCUCCGGCACUUCCUCUAUAAUGUCAAGCUCCAAAAGUUCAUCCAGCUUUGCAUCCACCUUCUCGCGUAACCCGAACGGUAUCCUACGUACAUGCUGCGCUACAGGCUUCACCGACUCAUCAAUGUGUAGCUUAAGCUCGUAGCCCUUCAAAAGACCAACACCACUAAACAAGUGCUUGUAUUUCUCUCUGACAUCCCCGUCCGAUCGCCCACCGUCAACACUGUUUGUCUGAAAAGGACCAAUACGCAACAGGUUUAGCGCCUCGGCAGUCUCUCGGCCCAACAGCGUGCGACCAUCGCCUUCAACCACCACAAAAUCAGCAUUACUUCCGUUUUCAAACCCAGCCAGCGUGACAUCUGCCGUGAACGUUCCUAGGGUCGGUAAAGGUUCUGUACCACCAUAAGCAAAAAGUUCCUUUGCAGAUUUGCGAGAUUCACAGUUAAUCCCCUUUUGCUUUAACAACUCCCAGGUCUGCUGGCCCAUAACAUUACAUGAAGCUCCCGAAUCAAUGAGAACAUCGGGUACGUCUACACCACCAAUGACCAGCGUUACCAAAGCGCCCCUUUGUUCCUUGCGAUCAUUCACCUGUUCCACUGAAAAGGCAUAAUCGGGUCUUUGCGAAUGACCUGAUGCAGCGAAAUCUCCUUUGUCUUCCUCUCCAGGGCUAGGUCUUCCAGUCACGAGGUUCGUCUCUCGCCCUCCGCGUCCGCGUCCACCUCGACCCAGUCCACCAGCACUCCUGCCUCCUCUGCCGCGUCCGCCUCUGCUACUCUCAGGUCCUCUAGAUCCCGAAUGGGUCCUGCUUAGCUGAUGGAGUCGAGGGCAUUUAACUUUGAAAUGGCCUGUUUCGCCGCACUUCCUGCAAGUUUGACCACGCGCCGGGCACUUUUUGUCUUGACUGAAGUGUCCUUCUUGUCCGCAGCUAAAGCACGUCUUUGCUUUCCUGGGAUUUUUGUUUCCAUACAGCCUGCCACCCACUGCAUUGACCUGGUUAUCUGCUUGGUCGGUACUGUAUUGCUUCAGUUGUCGAUCAACCGCUUCUUGGGAUCUUGCAACACGCAACAAUUCAUCUAACGUAACAGUUCCUUCCUUUUCCAGAAAUUUCCGGCGUAAAUGGCUCGAAUAACACUUGUCUAUGAGCUGAUCGCGAAUGUAGUCAUCCUCGCCGGCGCCAAAAUCACAAGUCGCUGCUCGCUGACGCAAUCUACAAACGAACUGAUCAACUGUCUCUCCGAUCCCUUGCGAAAUUUGUCGAAACAAAUGUCUCUCAAAGGGAAUGUUCGCCUUUGGCACGAAAUGGUCGUCCAACACCUUUAACGUUGCUUCAAAACUUGCAUCUCCACCCUCACCAGCUAGUGUGAAAUAAAUUUCUUGCACAUCCAUACCAGCGACAUGCAACAGCAAAGCACGUUUUUGAGCGUCGUUCGAUACACCUUUCCCGGUCACAUACAAACUGAACGCUCGCUUCCACUUCUUCCAUCGCUGACUUAAAUUGUGCGCCUCUCCUUUUGGAUUAAAUGGUUCCAAUCCACUGACAUCUAAAGUAACAGAAGUCAUCCCAGAACCGCCAACAGCACCGCUCGUAGUACCGCUUGUCGCGUUAGUUUCGCCCGAUCCACCGCCUCCCGGCAUCGCUGAAAUAAAUCCUUGACGAAAUCCUCGACGAAAUCCACAGCGAGAUUUUCAACGAAACUCUUGAAACCCUCGGCGAAAUCCUCGAAAUAUCCUCGAAAUAUCCUCGUCGCCAAUGUAGUACCGCGGUUAGGUUAAAACACACUUUAUUCACGACCGUUACACUCCGAACUCAGAACGCUAACCGACUCGAAUAAAUUACAACACACGCUAUCUACAGUACAUGCAAAUUACGUAAUUCCCGUGUGUAUCACAUCACAUUCAUUCUCUCGCUUCUACGCGCUUGCAUUAGCAUCGUAUACACUACAGCAGUGUCACAGUAAACAGUCAAUCGCGUGAUCAAGCUAAAUUUCCUAUUGUCCCAACUACAAUAGCCUCUCACGCAGACGUUUUUAGGGGAGCUCGUCAUUUUCAGGAGAAGGCAAAACGUUCCUGCGGUGGGGAGCGAUGAAUAGCUGUAUUCGGCGUGGGGUACAGUAUAUCUUGCUAUCAAAGAAACUCUUUCUUACUGUUUCAACCUUUUUCUCCCGUCCCCCCCACACCCCUGGAACGCCUCCUUUUCCUUUUUCACUCUGGCCCCGCCCCUCUGUCGUCCCCCAUAUUUAACCUACCUAGUUUUUUUUUCAGAAAUGCCAAAUCGAGCGUGGCUACUUUCCGUUCUAUUCCUCCUGAUUCUUACAGCUACAGAGAGUAAGGAUUACGAGUUUAACGUGGCAUGGUCAUACCGUAGUCCCGACUGCGUCGAACGUCCUAUUGUGACAAUAAAUGACGAUUUUCCCGGGCCCACAAUCCGCGUCAAGGUUGGGGAGGAGGUUCGUGUUAAAGUUAACAACAAUCUUCCAUCAGAUGCUAUCACCAUUCACUGGCAUGGUCAGGAGCAGCGCGAGAACGUGUGGCAUGACGGGAUAGGUGAGCGCAGUGAAAGGAUUUCCUCCAAGAUUACUCGAAUCAUGAUACGUUUCUGGGAAACUGCCCACCUACCCCUCCCCUAAGCCAACAUUAACACUUACGUUUCACGAGUAACGCUAGUAGACAUUUGGUUGCUUUGCGCAAUCUUGGUGGUUCCUAUAGUGUGAGUCACGCUGACGUCACCUUGGUUCGUGAAAAAAAGAGGUUCUUUUGUUUCACUCGUUACAAAUCUGAAUAACACGACAUAACAUUAUUUGUAUUCUAAAUAGUAAUGUCUCCUACAUAUUUGAAGGCCUUGUCAACUCAUCAAGUCGAGAGUGAAUGUCAUCGGAAAAAAAUCAACCCUCCUUUACAAAACGUGUAUUCGCAUACAAGUACCCUUCGAUCUAUAGGUGACAAAGUCGAGACUUACAAAAACCAGGGAGACAAUUUACUGAGAAAAUUGUUCCUUUAAGGAAGGGGUUAGACAUAAAAGUCUCGACUGUAUCGCGUUUAAGGAGAGCAAGGGUGAUAAGAUCAGUCUGUGAGAGCACUAGCCUCCCACCAAUGUGGCCCGGAAUAAAAUCCCGGCAUCGAUGCCGUAUGGGGGUUAAUUUGUUGUCGGUUCUCGUCUUUGCUCCCAGAGGUUUUUUCCCCGGGUAAUCCAGUCUCUUCGGCCUAUCCUUAAACACCAACAUUUCCAAAUUCCAUAACACAACAGAUACAACAGACGCCUGGGCAAAACUGAAGGAGAUUGACACGGAUUGAAAUUAGGGUUUUUGAAAACUGUUCAGCCUAACAGUUUUUCAAAGAUGAUCUCUGAUGUUUGCAACUUCAAAAUUAAUGCUAAGGAAACAUAUUUGUUUGUCUCGAAUCUCUGCUUGUGUCAUUACAAGUAAUUUCUUUGCUUACUUUAAGUUCCAUAGCGAUUGAGGGCGAGUAAUUGGCAAAAUUAGACAAAAUGAACUGGACUGCCGUGACACAACCCCUUUAAAUCGUUGUUUAUGUCAUGUAAAAAGCAACUGUAAAUCUAACAACCUCUCCUCCACUCUAGGGAUGAUUUCAAACUGUCCUAUCCCACCCAAGACCUCCUUCACUUACAUUUUCCGCGUCAACGAUAAGCCUGGAACGUAUUUUUAUCAUGGCCACCUUGGUGGAAUACGCGCCGCUGGUCUUUAUGGGGUUCUUAUAAUUGAUCCGGCACCUGGAGUUUCUGAACAGUGGAGUUAUGAUGGGGAAUACACGCUGUUGCUAAGCGACUGGUAUCAUGCAAUUCAACACGAGCUCAGUAUUGGACUCUUGGAGGAGGAGUUCCGCUGGGCAGGUAUGAAGGCUCAGUUCUAAAAUAAGUUAGUGUUACUUCUAAUAAGUUUAUAAAUAGGUACAGGAUCUCAUUGAUGACAGUGUUUUAUAAACUGAUAGGUUUUCUUAGAUCCUAAGGACCUCUAUCACGAAAAUCAUCGAAAUUCAAACAAUGGGAACUGGCACCAAACUGAGCGAAAAAUAAAAGUAACAGCUCUAAACAUUAAAAGAAUGUAUAAAUAACACAGGAAACACAAAAGUUGUUACGGAUGGACAAACUUAAAGAAGAUUAAAACGGAUUGCAAUUGUGGUUUUUCAAAACUUGUCAGCUGAACAGUUUUUCAAAGUUUAUUUUUGGUUGUCGGUGAGGUUUUAAACAUGUUAAAUGAUGCUUGGGAGACAAGAAGCUGUGAUUUUGUAAUUUGCUAGUAAUUUCGUUGCCAACGUUACGUUCCGUUGCGAAUAAGGACGUGUAAUUGGCAAUAUUAGCAAAAUGAACUAGACAGCCGUAAAAACAGCCCAUUUAAAAUAUUCGUUAUCAUCAACAUUAUUAUUAUUAUUAUUAUUAUUGUAAGCGAUUACGUAAUUGUAGUUUGUGCUCUCUGCACCUUUUUGUUAACGCCUUGUGUUUUAUGGGUAACCAAAUUACAAUUACAAUUUUUUUUGUCGUGCUAGGUGAUCCACAGUCCAUUAUAUUAAACGGAAAAGGAUUCUUCAAUUGCUCGGACAAUGGAGUAUCGGAAGGUACACCGUUUCCUUAUUGGAAACCCGGCGGAACAGUUUAUUGCCAUCAAUCUAAGUGUCCGGGACACGAAAUACUGGAGGUAGAGAAAGGCAAAACCUACAGGCUACGUCUGAUAAAUACCGCUGAACUUUCGUUUAUGAAUUUUGCAAUCGAAAAUCACAGUUUGAUCGUAGUGGAAGCAGAUGGGCUGCCUUUGCAGGGCAUGAACGUUACAUCGCUGGAUAUCAAUUCAGGGCAGAGAUAUUCUGUUCUGUUUACUGCUGAUCAAGCUGUGGACGCUUACUGGGUCAGUGUCAUGACGCGCCACAGAAAGAACGUAGUGACUGGCCAAGCAAUAUUGAAGUACAAAGGAGUCAAUAAAGACAAACCUGACACUGACGUCGAUGUUGUCAAGGCAACACAACCCACCUGGGACAACAGCAGUGCAUCUUAUGCGCAACAGAGUCAGCUUCGCGGUAAGGACUCGGCUCCUCCAAACGACAAAGUGACACGAAGGAUUGUCAUGCUUGGUACCCAAGAGCGUUAUGAUUGGUCAAGUGGAGUCCAGUACAAUAAUGACAGGAUUCCACCGGAGGAUAAUUGUAAUAGUACAGGACGCCACCUGCGUUGGGCUGUGAACCGCGUGAGCUACAAGUGGGAGACCACGCCUGUGUUACAUAUGGUUUACUUUAACUUAGCACAGCACACUAUGACUGAGGAGAGAGGGUAUUUUAAAAUCAACAGUGGUGAUGUCAUCGAUAUUGUCGUCCAGAACUAUCCGGCAUGCAACAGGGUAUGACCUAAAUCAAUUUAGACUAUUCCACAAGCCGUACGAAUUAUGUUAAAAACAGUGUAAUUUAUAGAGGUUCGGUGCUGUAGAAUAGACUACCUAUUGAGCUGCGGCGGCCGCGAACGUUUCCCUCUUUACAGAUGCAGUGAUCUCUUCUGAAAUACGGUCGGUCACUUUACACGGCAUUAUGAAAGCAGGCACAUUUUUUCUUUCUGUUGUUAGAAAUUGUUUUAACUUUUUUAAGUGGUUCACUUUGCCUAAUGACUUUUAACCGUGGAUAAAUAAAGUUAUUCUAUUGUAUUGUAUUAUAGACUAAAUAAUACUCCGUUUUUGUGCUUGUAUCCACCUAAAAAGGUUUGCGAAAGCUAAUGAGGCGGAGCUAAAAGAUCUGCAACAAGUCUAAACACAGAUAUACCAUUGGAAAAGAGGAACACAGGAUUGAGUGCGAAUAAGGACGCGUAAUACAUGUAUUAACAAAAGAACUAGGUAGCUGUAACAAACCUCCGUAAAAGGCAAGCUAAUCGUUUUGACCAAUUUCCCUGUUAGGUAUGUGAACAGCAUCCUUGGCAUCUUCAUGGUCACAAAUUCUGGGUGGUUGGUAUGGGACUUGGUAAUUGGAAUGGAUCUGCUGAGCAGAUCGCCUCUCUUGACCCUGAGAAGGCCGUAAAACGAGACACAGUAACAGUCCUCCCAGACGCAGAGAAACCUUUCGGAGGCCAGAAAGAACAAGGUAGGAAAAUCGUCUUUAAAGCAAAAGACUACACCGGGCGUGUCUCAGGCUUUAUGUAAAAGAUAUUAAAGUGGCUGAACACAGUUUUGGCAGUUUCUGGGUAUAUGUCAUUUGCCAAAUCAUGGCAAGAGAAAGGUUGCAGCUCACAGCUUGGCAAGUGAAAAUUAUACUGAUGCAAGAUUUUGAUUGACAGGUAAAAUUUGACGUUUUGGUAGUUUCCAUGGCAAGAUGAACGAUUGAACACAACCUUAAAAUCUCACUUUGGCUCAGUUUACAUAAACUUCGCUCAUUAGAUUUUCCUAUAAACUUGCACACAACUUACUAUAAUUAAUCAUUACUAUUUGAAACUUAUUUGACCAAAUUUUAAGAGACUGGUUUUUAAAUAAUCAAAAAUAUAAUUGUACUGUAAUUAUUAAAGGUGUCAAAUUGCAGGGACCGCGGAGGGGGAGGGGCUGGUAGGGCCGCGGCCCCACCACUUUUUUGUGCCCCCGUCCCCACUUUUUGCGCUAAAGGAAAAAUAAUUAAAUUUAAAAAAAAAAGACUUGAAAAAAGUUUUUUCCGUCCAUAUUCCGCUAUAUUCUCUGUAUUUUCUUUAAUUUCAAACGCCAGGCAUUUUGUGGGGCUCCUGUGCUUUUCGCGGUAAUUGUGCCCUUGGGCCGACUUGCCCCUUGAUUAAACGCCAUGCCUUGGCCACCCCUUCGCUUCGUUCGGCAGCGUGUUUUGUACUUCCAGCUCCGGCAGAGUUUUUUAUCAGUUUUAUCAGACGAAAUGAAGAAAAUUACUAGCUUUUUCAAGCCAAACGAAGGUGAGUAGUUGUUUUGAGUUGAUAAAAGUUUUAUUUUUUUCUUUCUCCUUUCGAAUCAAUGAAAUAUUCGAUGGCAAGAAGAAUUACAUUACUUGAACAGUGAACGGCCAUAGUUAGAAAUUUUUCAGAUCACGUCAGUGUAGUAUUUUCUAUACUAAAAUUGUAAUCCCGUCUUUUCUUGCAUUGAAUCUGAACUGACCGUGUGUGUUGGUCGUUUAUUAGAGUUAUCUGGGACUUCGUCAAAGUCUGUAAGCUCUGCAGAAAAGACGACAACUACUUGCAGUGAGAAUGAUGAGUUUGAGUUUGACCAGUAAACAUACAAAUACUAUGAUUUUAUUCCUUUUAUUCCUUUUUUCGAUUUUCAAUAUGAAAAAAAUAUUUUCAAUUGUCAGCCCUCCCACUUUUCACCUUGCUCCGCGGUCCCUGAAUUGUCUUUUCAACUUCCAUUUUAAAGUUCUCAUUAUCUGUUUGACGCGCAUUAUCUAAUGGAUAACCGUCUCAGACGAAUAAUCUGUCUCUCGCGUGAAUAUGGCCGAUUUUGGACGAAUAAUCCGUCUGACUUUAUCCAACGGAUUUUGAAGACGGUCAUCCGUCUCAAGUGUGAAACGGCCAAUCUAUUCAACAAGUAUAUUUUUCCCUCUCAGGUGGUUGCGGUUGGGUAGUGGUCCGCUUUGUGGCUGAAAAUCCUGGUGUUUGGCCGUUUCAUUGCCAUAUCACCUGGCAUUUCGUCAUGGGUAUGCAGGUGAUUUUCAUUGAAUCUGCAGAUAAACUACCAAAACCUUCCUCCAACAUUCCAGCUUGCGGUGAUGUGACUCCCCAGAUGUUUGUUGAUAAAAUGAAGUCCGACGAGACCCAAAAAACUGGCGGGGAGAAAGAUUGCAAAGAUGACACAACCUUACUCGUAAUCCUUAUCAUUGGCUGGGGUUUGUUUGUCGUUAGUUUUGUCUUGGUUAUUGUUUUGUUUUGUAGAUUGAGACAAAGGGCAGAAUUCGGUUUGGUCAAGUCAAACAAUGUUGCCACGACAUAAGUUUCCUUCCCACUACGCUUGAAAUCACGUUUGACUUAAGUUUGUAAAAUUCUAAGGCCCUGCUAUUGUAUAGAGUGUUUUCACAUGACGUCAUGGCGGCCAUAUUGGUGUCCCUAAACAAUAAAACGGUGGCCAUGUUGGUGUCCCAAACCAAUCCUGUGGGAGUUGAACCCUUUUCUUAUGCAAACGCUUUCUUUUGUUCCAAUAAAUUUGCAUAGAUGCUGGUCAUGUGAGUGAAAACACUCUAUAGAGGAGAGAAGUAUGACGUCACGUUACCAUGGUAGAAAAAUCUUUUGAUCACAACAACAGGGAGCUUUUAAAAGCAAAGACGACGGCGACGGCAACGAGAACGGCAAAAAAGCAAUAGGUUUAUUGUGGCAAUACGACAACUUUGCAAGUACAUCACGCUUUUUUGUGUAUUUCUUAACCAUCGUUACACGAUUGCGACAUGAAACAGCCUCAGCGAAUGAAAGUGCAUGAAGAGUGGAGUACGUGAACGAAGCCCAAAUUUUUUUUACAAAUGGUCCUUUCAGAUUCCAACCCAGAAAAUUCGCCAACAUUUGACAAAUUAAAUGAAAUUGAUUAAGAUCGGUGACGUUUGAAACGCCACAGUACGAAUUCACUCUUUAACCGACGUUUUCGGUUUUUUGUCAUACAGAAAUUUUGCUACCAUGGCAACAUGACAUAACUACUUCUCUUCUCUAUUGAGAAAAGAUGUCCUGCGUCGAAGGCUAGGCGAGCCUUGCCUAGUCCUUCCGGUCACGUGGUCCGAGCGAGUUUUCGUCUCGAACACGUUAACGAAAUGCAUCAACCGAGAAGGCCUGUGAAGACGCCCUACAGAGACUAGGCAAAGUCGAGCUAACUUUUCAUUCAUUUCCUUAUGUAACGGGGCGAACGGUUUCCAUGAGAAACCAACAGUUGACUCCACUAGAAGGUCACCCUUUUGUGAUGGUGUGGUUACCUUCCAACAACUAUAAACAAUUUGCAUGGUUCCCCCAGCGGGGUCAACUCGGUCAAAGGGAGGCAAUCAGAGCAUGCGCGAGCGCAUUUCACUCGGGCAAAUGGGUCAACUUUUUUCUCACAUAAACGCUCGCUAAAGUUGACUCGACUGAGAGGGUGACCCUUCUACCUGGGACAGGAGGAUC